AUGUUGCUUGAGAACUCGCCAUUCGAUGCGCCUAUCCAGCUGCAGCAACAGCAACAUACCGCGAUGACCACAAUACCCGACAGUUGCGCUCAAGCCGGCGCUCUGGAUAUUCGCGUCGAAGAUUUUCUCGACGAUAAACUCCAGUCCACGACCGAUCUCGAGAACCUCGACUCCCUGAUCGCCAAUGUCGAGGUCCAACGCAGCCAGCUCCAGACCCAGCUCGACAAUGCCAUAAAACAGCUCGACGAAGCUCGUCGAACAGCUGGCGACCGUCAGUCUUCCCUCGCACAACGCAUCCAGGACUUCCAGGACCUCCAGCACAGCAUCGACAUCCGCGUCAAGAUCGCAGCCGCCUCCGACGCCCCGAAUCAGGCCAUCGCCAGACUGCAGCAGCCUAUGAAGAAGCUGCAGACGAUCGAACUGGCCCAGAAGUACCUCAGGCUGCUGCAAGAUGUCGAUGAGUUGCGGAGCGAAGCUAGAUCGCAUCUCCCCGGAAGCCCCAAGGCGGCCUUGGAGCCGUACUCGAAACUCAAAAAACUUUCGAAGAGCCUGGACGAAUUAUCGGGGCCUGCUGACGACGCAGCGGUUCACCUUGUCAACCACGUACGAGGCGUCGCUGAUGCGCUGUGGGAUGAAAUGAGGAAGACAAUGUCCGGCGAGUUAGAGGCUGUUCUCAGCAAGCGGUCGUGGCCCAUGGUCGACCCGAGUUCCGAAAUGGACGAGGAGUGGCUCGCCUGUUUCGAGAAGCUGCUUGAUCUCCAGAUCCCGGAGGUCAUCCUUUCUAAUUCCACCGUCAGUCUACUGCCGUUCGACGUCAUGGCGAGAAUAUUCGUCUCGGAGUUCCGCUUCCAUUUCCUGAGCGACAAGCCGACCAGCAAGCCCGACGCCAUUGGAUCGCACUGCUUUCCCUGGUUUCUGGCGACCAUCGAGAAGUGGGAAGACUUUUUCCGGGACAAUUUGGGUUUUACACUGGCCACCAAACUCCGCGAUACGCCCGCAGAGGGCAGUUUAGUCUACAUUGACCCGGUCUGCGCGUUCGUCACCAGCUUGCUGCCCGUCAUGAGGGAAAAGGUACAGCUUGUGGUGAAAGAUACGGCCAAGAACCCGGCAAUCCUAAGUAGCUUCAUGGGACAACUGAUGGCAUUUGAUGAGACCAUCCGGUCCAAGUUCAACUACGAUGGUGGCGAUGCGGAGCAAGGCUGGCCUGGCCUUGCGACGGAGAUCCUUCAGGAUUGGUUCGAGCCUUGGUUCCAGGCCGAAAAAGAGUUUGCCUUGGAGCGUUUCCAGGCCAUAAUGGCCACACCGGAUGCUCGGAACAUUGACUACGACUACGCUGCCACGGGCAAGACGAAGCCGACUUUUGGAGCCGUGCGGGUCACCGAUCUUCUUAGGUCGAUCACGACCCAAUAUCAGAGAGUCCGCACCUUCAGGCAUAAGAUCCGAUUCUUGAUCGGCAUCCAGCUUGACAUCCUCGACGAAUUCCACGAUCGUCUCCGCGGCUCUCUGGAGGCUUAUCAGGCACUCACAUCUACGGUUGGCAGGACUCUACACGGCGUCACGAAAGAACAGCUCGCUGCUCUCGAAGGCACCGGUAGUUUUGAGUCGCUGUGCAAGGUGUAUGGCAGUGCAGAUCACAUCGUCAACACCCUCAAGGAAUGGGGGAACGAAGAAUUUUUUGUGGUGUUGUGGGACCAGCUCCAGGGUCGCGCAACCAAGGAAGGUGAAACUUCGAGGAUGUCAGGUGAGAUGAGCUACGAGGAGGUCAAAGACCGCACUUCUGCAGCCGUAGGCUCAGAAGGUGACGAUGGGGUUCUGUUCGACGAGACGAUCGCCGCGUACAGCCUCAGGCGCAAGACGGCCCUCGACUUCUUGGUCAGUGCCCUCGCCGAUUCUCACUACAAGGCCUUCAGGGCGUACUCAACGCGGACGCAAUGGACGACGAUCAGUGAAAAUGGUUCGGAGAUCGACCCAUCCCAGCUGGCUGUCACGCCUGAGCUGGACGAGCCCCUAAGAAUCCUCAAGCGCAAUUUCGACUUUCUGCUCAAGGCCAUCGGCACCGCGGCGUUCCGUCGCACGUGGCGCUCGGCUCUUGACAAGCUUCAAGACCUUCUAUGGGGUGAGGUUCUCAUGAGACAGAGCUUCACAGCAUUCGGCGCCGCGCAGUUCACGCGCGACCUCGACGCCAUCUUCUCCCUAGUCAAGAGGUACAUCCCGAAUGGCGUAGGGUCGUUGGGUAGCCUGGUCGACGCCUUGAAACUCCUCAGCCUCCCCGCCGAGCCGGAGGAGGGCGCACUAUCGCUGAAGGAUGCCACGGACCGGGUGUUCACGGACAACGCCGAGGCCAAAAAGGUUCUGGAAAAGCUGGAUAUCGACACGCUGACUCCGGCGAAUGCGAGACACAUUCUGCAGCGCAGGGUCGAGAAUAAAGAAUAG